CAAAAAAAAGAAAGGGCAGGGAUAGGGAUAGGGAUAGUAUUUGUAUUUGUAAUUGUAUUAAUAUUAGUAUUAGUAUUUGUAUGUAUUCAAAGCAACUCUCACCGUUGUGCAACAUUUGAUUUGUGAUGCCGAAGAAGCGACUGUUGUUGCUGUUGAAACCCUUCGACUUGCGCCAAACAAACGCUCAUUCUCAGAUCACCAACCCUCAGACAUUGCAGAUGUUACAUCACUUGGAGAACAGGCGUAAGGAGCACAUGAAUACCAUAAAAUUUUGUCAGAAUAUUCUGCAACAAAAGCCAGUUGAUUGGGAACCCAUAUUACGUAACAAUCUAUCACAGCCUAUCUGUAACGUGGACCUGGUUAUUACAGUUGGUGGUGAUGGCACUCUUUUGCAGGCCAGCCAUUUCAUGGAUGAUUCAGUUCCAGUUGUCGGAGUGAAUUCUGAUCCCACACAAAUUGAAGAGGUGGAACAGUUUAGCAACGAGUUUGAUGCUAAUAGAAGCACAGGCCAUCUUUGUGCAGCAACAGUCAACAACUUUCAACAGGUGCUUGAUGACAUCCUUGAGGGUCGUAAGGUUCCUUCCAAAUUAUCAAGGAUAUCAGUACAUGUAAAGUCACAACUGCUGUCAACAUAUGCUCUUAAUGAUAUCUUAAUUGCACAUCCAUGUCCAGCAACACUCUCUCGGUUCUCAUUCAAAAUUAAGAGGGAGAACCAGCCAUUUUCCCCUUUGGUAAACUGUCGAUCAAGUGGUCUCAGAGUUUCAACAGCUUCUGGUUCAACUGCUGCAAUGCUCUCAGCUGGUGGAUUUCCGAUGCCCAUCUUAUCUCAGGAUCUCCAGUAUAUGGUAAGAGAACCAAUUUCUCCUGGAGCAGCCUCUAGUUUGGUGCAUGGAUUAAUCAAAUCUGAUCAGUAUAUUGAGACCACAUGGUUCUCUAAAGAGGGUAUGAUAUACAUUGAUGGUUCUCAUGUUUGCUAUUCUGUCCAAAAUGGGGAUACCAUUGAAAUAUCUUCUAAAGCCCCAAUUCUGAAAGUAUUUUUGCCUCACCAAUUAUUAUCACAGAACUAUACACAGAAACAUGAGUUGCAUUUGCAAGACUAAAACAUGGGUUGGUGACCUAAGCUACAAGUAUUUAGCACUACAAGAAUCCUGGAUUGCUAAGAGAACCUGUUUUAAUCCCAUAGAUCUGGUUUUUCUUCACAUGAUUGGAGCCAUUGUA